CGUCACGUGAGCAGCCGGCAACUGAGCGAAGGACGAGAGGAAUAAUUUCUGUUUUGUACGGCACAUCAACCGGACCAAAUGAGCAGCUGGGCAUUUUGGGGAGUGGUGUAUUGGUUUAGUGUCAUCUUUGGCGUGCCUGCCAUCAGCUGUCAUGAAGAGGCAGUUUUCCAUUCAGAUGAUUGGAAAGCACCCAAUAUCACAGCUGUUCUUCCAUGGGAUCAAUCCACAGUUGUCGUGGGAAAGGAUUCCAGUGCAAGACAAGCAUCUGGGAAGAAUGAAAGUCAUUUGGCACUUGGAUUCAUUGCCUGUGCUGUUGCAGUUGUGUUCUUUGGAAGUAAUUUUGUUCCUGUGAAGAAAUUUGAUACCGGUGAUGGGAUGUUUUUCCAGUGGAUUCUUUGUGCAGCAAUAUGGAUUGUAUCUCUGGUUGUGAAUUUAAUAUUGAAGUGCCCAGAGUUUUGGCCCCUUGCUAUGAUAGGUGGCUUUUUAUGGGCUACUGGAAAUAUUACUGUUGUUCCAAUUGUAAAAACCAUUGGCUUAGGCCUUGGUGUUCUGAUCUGGGCUGCAUUUAAUCUCCUGAUGGGAUGGGCAAGUUCUAGAUUUGGUUGGUUUGGCAUCGACCCUGAAGAAGUGGCAAAACCUUGGUUAAACUACCUUGGAGCAGCUCUGUCUUUCUUAAGUGCCACCAUAUUUUUCUUUGUCAAGAGUGAUGUAAAUACUAGAAAUCAUUCUGAAUCAACACUUCCAUUACUAAUUGACAGUAAUAUAAAUACUAGUGAAGAAAUUAUCUUGACAGAUGAAUCCUGGGUAGACAAGCUUAGUCCACUAAAGAAAAGAUUUGUAGGUUCGUGCCUUGCAGUGACGGCAGGGUUAUUGUAUGGUUCUAGCUUUGUGCCUGUAAUUUAUAUCAAGAACCAAGCUCUGAAGAACGAAACAGAAUAUAAAAAUGCAAGCCAGUUCGAUCUAGACUAUGUUUUUGCACACUUUAGUGGCAUAUUUCUCACGAGUACAGUCUACUUUCUGAUCUAUUGUGCAAUAAUGAAGAACAGGCCAAAGGUUUACCCAAAAGCAGUACUGCCAGGCUUUGUUUCAGGUGUGAUGUGGGCUAUUGCAAACUGCUGCUGGUUUCUGGCCAAUGAUUUCCUCAGUGCAGUCGUUAGUUUUCCAAUAAUCACCGCUGUACCUGGUUUCAUUGCUGCUUUAUGGGGAGUACUUGUAUUCAAAGAAAUAAAAGGAUUGCGGAACUAUAUUAUUCUUAGCAUAGCAUUCUGCACUGUAUCAGCAGGAGCAUUAACAACUGCAUUUUCCAAGGUGUAGUUACAGAGAAUGAACCAGAAGAUGGCAUCGUUGUGAAAUUGGUUGCUCUUGGUGCUUUUAAAUAUUGAACUUUGGAUCAAAGUUCUGCUUUUGAUGUUACCACAGUCUCAGCUACUGUGCAGAGUCUUUCAACAGCUGUUUGUACAGCUUCCUAAAGAAGUAAGCCAUGAAGUUGCAGAAAAUUUGAUUUAAAUCCUUUUUAUGAGUCUAUAAUUGUUUCUAAUUGUGAACAUUUGCUGACCUUCAUGCUGUUGUUCUAAUUCAGAAAUAUGUAACCAUUGCCAAAGGUGUUUACUUGGAAUCAGAAUUAGUACAGAUAAGAAUUUCUAAUGAUUAAAACAUUGUAGUAUAGCUUGUAAAUAUUUAAUUCAGUUACAGACCAAACAAGGACACCAGGAAGUGAUUAAUACUUAAGAGUCAUAGAGAUGUACAGCAUGGAAACAGACCUUUCGGUCCAACUCAUUCAUGCUGACCAGAUAUCCCAACCUAAUCUAGUCCCACCUGCCAGCACCUGGCCCAAAUCCCUCCAAACCCUUCCUAUUCAUAUACCCAUCCAGAUGCCUUUUAAAUGUUGCAAUUGUACCAGCCUCUGCCAUUUCCACUGGCAGCUCAUUCCUUAUACGUACCACCCUCUAUGUGAAAAUGUUGCAGUUUAGAUCUCUUUUAUAUCUUUCCCUUCUCACCCUAAAACUAUACCCUCUAGUUCUGGACUCCUCGACCCCAGGGGAGAGACCUUGUCUCUUUAUCCUGUCCAUGCCCCUCAUGAUUUUAUAAACCUCUAUAAGAGCACCACUCAGUCUCCAAUGCUCUGAAAUCUUUUCUGAACCCUUUCAGGUUUCACAACAUCCUUCCGAUAGAAAGGAGACCAGAUUUGCAUGCAAUAUUCCAAAAGGGACCAAUACUUGUGAAAAAUUAAUUUGUUUCUUCCUUUGUCCUUUGGCAGAAUUCUCACUUCUGAGCUUGAGGUUAUAGAUUCAAGUCCCACUCAGAUAUUUGAGCACAUAAGAUUAGAAUGGCACUUCAAAGCAGUGUUAAAGGUGUACAGGCGCUGCCUUGGGUUCCUCUUCUGUACUGACUAACAUGUAGUGAUCAAUAAGACCACUGUAACACAUUAUCCAUCAUUAUUGCAUUUUGCACAAUAUGUACAAAUAUGUGGGUGAAGUCUCCAUGGUUUUCAGACAGUAGGUCUGUAAGUUCAUUCUGUUAAUUAGCACAAAAUAAAAUUCUAAAUUUCACUGUCUUUUGGUGACAUUGGAUAGUGCAUUAACUAUAGCAUCAGCUCAACCACUCAUUGAAUGCCAAAUAUAGCUGAACUGCAUUGACCUCUAUUUUUUUUUUGUCACUGUCUUCAGUGGAAGUGGACCUUUUUCAGACUCAGACUUAUAGUUCUCCCUGAACUGAAUACCUGACCUUGUAUCCUCAAUUACCUUUACCUCAAACAACACUUUGCUUGCUUCAUC